AAUGGGUGCAGGAUAAGUGAAAGCCACUUGUUAUAAUCUAUAACCCUCCAACAACGUAAAUUUCCCACGAAAACUAGCCACCCUUUUGACUAUUCUGCAAAACCCCCAACUCAAAAUCUGAACGUGACCACAUACAAAAUGACCAAAAUUAUUCAUGACAACAAAGAACUUACCCCCACAUACCAAAUAUUGUAAGACCGAACAUAGCAUAACUCACUACCUACACAUAAGCAAAACCCUUGACCAACUAAAACAAACACAUGCCCUCUUACUUAAAACCCUACCUAAAACCCACCACCAAAAUUAUUUAACCCAAUUUCUCUUCCAUCUCCUUAAGCUAUCCGGUGAUAACUUGAGCUAUGCACGCCAAGUGUUCGACAAAAUACCCAAUUGUAGGAAUCAAUUCCUCUGGACUUCCCUUAUACGUAGCCAUGUUGUUCAUACUCAAUUUAGCCAUUCCAUUUGGUUGUAUGCUAAAAUGCAGCGGUUGGGUGUAUUGCCAUCUGGGUUCACUUUCUCUUCCGUGCUCAAUGCAUGUGCUCGUAUGCCGGCAUUUCUUGAAGGCAAACAAGUGCAGGCUAAAGUAGUGCAAUUAGGUUACUUCCGGAACAAGUUUGUAAUAACUGCAUUGCUUGACAUGUAUGCAAAAUGUGGGUUUGUAUUGGACGCGAGAAGAUUAUUUGAUAUGAUGGAUGAUGAGGAUAAAGAUCUUAUUGCAUGGACUGCUAUGAUUUGUGGAUACACUAAGAUGGCUAUGAUGGAUGAUGCGCAAAGACUGUUUGAUAGCAUGAGCCAGCGCAAUGUGAUUUCUUGGACUGCAAUGGUUGCAGGGUAUGCAAAAUGUGGUGAUAUGAGAGCGGCAAAGGAGUUUUAUGAUAGGAUGAUAGAGAAGAAUUCUGUGACAUGGGUUGCUAUGAUUGCAGGGUAUGGGAAGUGUGGUGAUGUGAGUGAGGCUAAAAGAGUGUUUGAUGAGAUUUUGGAACCUGAUGCUUCAUGCUGGGCAGCAAUGGUGGCUUGUUAUGCACAAAAUGGGUAUGCUGAGAAAAGUAUUGAAUUGUAUAAGGUGAUGAGAGAAAAAAAUGAGAGAAUCAGUGAGGUAGCAAUGGUGGGAGCUAUCUCAGCUUGUACACAACUUGGAGACAUUGAAAUGGCAACUAAAUUGGCUGAGCAUGUGGAGCAAGGUUGCUGUGAGCGAACACUCUAUGUAUCCAAUGCACUUAUCCAUAUGCAUGCAAAAUGUGGAUGUUUGGUUCAAGCUCAGAGAGAAUUUGAUAGAAUGAAGGAAAAAGAUGUGAUAUCAUAUAGUGCAAUGAUCAUGGCCCUUGCUGAACAUGGGAAGUCCCAAGAAGCACUGGAUGUAUUCUUGAAGAUGAAAAAUGAAGGAAUAAAGCCAAACCAGGUCACAUUCAUUGGAGUCCUUAAUGCAUGUAGUCAUGGAGGGCUGGUUGCAGAAGGGUGCAAGCACUUUGAGAAGAUGACUCGAGUUUUUCGUAUGGAGCCCUUGACUGAGCACCUUACUUGCAUGGUUGAUCUCCUUGGAAGGGCCGGGCAAGUUGAAAAGGCAUACAGUCUAAUAAUGCAAUACAAAAAUGCCUUUGAUGGAGGAACUUGGGGAGCUUUGCUGGGAGCUUGUAAGGUUCAUGGUAAUGCUGAAUUGGGUGAGAUUGCAGCCAGGAAUCUCUUCCAACUUGAGCCCGAGAAUCCCGGAAAUUAUGUCCUUUUGGCAAAUAUUUAUGCAUCAGUAGGUAGGUGGAAAGAUUCAGAGAGCGUGAAGAUGAUGAUGAAUGAAAUAGGAAAGAAGAAAUCUCCUGGUUGUAGCUGGAUAUCAAGUUCAAAUGAAUAAAGAAUUUUCACAGCUUUUUGACUUUUUGUUUGUCAGCCUCCAUACUUGGCCAAACUGAUGUUAGUGUUUGUUAAUGGUUAUACAA